GUAACUCAAAGACAGAGGGCUGGAGCAACAAGACUCUCCACAGUAGAGCAGCAGCACUUAGAAAAAAAAAAGGAAAAAGGGAGUAAGGAGGGAGACAGCCGGGUCACAGGAGUCCACCAAGCGUCCAGGAAACAGCUCGUAGCACAGGGGGCUCGGCCAAAAGAGGCGGCGAGCACUUUGUUAUUGGAAAAGCUGACAAGCGAGUAAGGCAGCAGCGGGCAGGGAGGAGAAAGACAGAGAGAGGUGGCUGCCUGACUUUGAGUUUGGUCACUGAAGGCCUCAUGCAGCUUCUUAGCGGCAACUUAAUUCAGCUUUUGUCUGCCUGACCCGCCACCUCGACUUUUAGCGGAGCUCACCAGGAGCCCAGGAGGCAGGGAGAGAGAGGAAGUAAAGUCAAACGAAGGGGGGAAAAAAACAAAGAAAGAAAAGGAAACAUGAUGACCCAAGAACAGUGCACUCAUAGGAACAAUGUCCAGAGUUCAGAGAAACCACAAGUGUACAAAGUGGGAAUAUACGGCUGGAGGAAACGCUGCCUUUACUUCUUCGUCCUGCUGCUGAUGAUCUUGAUCCUGAUCAACUUGGCACUAACUAUCUGGAUCCUAAAGGUCAUGAACUUCACCAUAGAUGGCAUGGGCAACCUCAGAAUAACGGAGAAGGGCCUGAAACUGGAGGGAGACUCUGAGUUCCUCCAACCCCUCUAUGCCAAAGAAAUCCAGUCCAAACCAGGCCGCCCGCUGUUCCUGCAGUCGUCCAGAAACGUGUCGGUCAAUAUCGUCAACAGCGGCAACCAGCUGCUCACGCAGCUUGUAACAGGAUCCAAUGGAUUUAAAGCACGGGGCAAGAUGUUUGAAGUCAAAUCCAACUCUGGGAAGCUCCUCUUCUCCGCCGACGAGCACGAGGUGGUGGUGGGCGCAGAGAGGCUCCGGGUGAUGGGGGCCGAAGGAGCCGUGUUCAGCAAAUCAGUGGAAACGCCGCACGUCAGGGCCGAGCCGUUCAAAGAGCUACGGCUGGAGUCCCCCACCCGCUCUCUGCUCAUGGAGGCACCGAAAGGCAUCCAGAUCCUGGCCGAGGCCGGAGACAUCCAGGCCAUCUGCAGGAACGAGCUUCGGCUGGAGUCCAAAGACGGAGAGAUCUAUCUGGACGCUCCGAGCAUUCGUCUGAUGCGACUGCCGGAGGGGAAAGCCUCCACCAGCUCCUCGUCCUCUGGGACCAGGCAGACCGUCUACGAGGUCUGCGUCUGUCCCAACGGGAGGCUUUUCCUGUCCCAGGCUGGCACCGGAUCCACCUGCCAGAUGAGCAGCGUCUGCUUCUAGGACUUACAAACGUGCAAAUAGAAAUAAAUAAAUAAAUACACAGAUAUCCGGAAAGAAUGACGGGCUUGAACGGACAGAUGUACACAUAUCGCCUGCCGAUACUGAUACAGAAGAUUUUGAACUGAAGCUGAUAACAUGUAAUAAUUCGAUGCAAACGAAUCCCUUAAUUUUCUAUCGGAGCAUCAUGGGGAAACUAAACGUCUUCAGGCUCUUUACGUGCAGCAACAGCCGGCUGUGAAUCACGAACACUAUUUAACAAAAGGCCAGGAUUUGUAAUAUACCAGAGCGACCCUGCAACAGACACAUACGCACACACAGAUGCACACACUAGCUGACAGACACGCAGACACACACAUGAACAAAGAAGCUCAUCGAAGCCUCCUGGUUGAAACUGAGAGGAAAAACCCUCCAGAGGUUCACCAGAAGAGACAAUGAUCUGUUCCCUUUCUCCCUCAAGAGCAUCUCAGUACCAGAAUCACUAGGGUGAUCACCCGUAGCAACAGACCCUCCCAUCUGUUCUUCUCCUCCUCCUCCAUCUUCCCUUAUCUCUUCUCUCCUUCCCUGCUGACUGCAGCUCAAAGCUUUGACCUUCCUGCUGCUGGCAGAUCCCAGUGGGCGCACCAUCAGCACCUCAUCAUGAUCAGUCCCAGAAGGAACUGGAAUAUGAGGACUCGAAACACACGCCAGAUCCAGAUGUGCUACAGUGUGCCUCCUGGGAGAAUAAUUUAAUGCUAAAAGUCACGUUCACGUUAUUCACUCAGACCUGUUCUCGCGGCUUCUCACAUUAUUCUUGGGAAUUUUGAGAAUUUCAUAGGCGACGUGACGCCUUGGUCAGCCAAACACUGUAAAAAAAACAACUUUUUUUCAAAAAAGAAUUCACAUCUUUCUCCAGUCCUAGUUUUUUUUUUUUGCAGUUUUUGUUUUCUUGGGCUGAAUAGGAAAUCAAAAAUGUGUUAUAUUUUGGAAAUCUAUUUGUAUUUGAUUAUUUCCCUUAUUCGUUUAUUUUUUUCUUUAUGUUCAAUCCUCCACCUUCUGCUUCCCCUCAAUGCUCCGAGACGCCAACUCUGGAUGACUUACCUGGAGUUUGUUGGGUUUUUAAUCCUGGACGCUGCGUCACAGCCUCAACCACUAAUCUACAACUUUUUAAACAUUUGAUGUGGACAUUUGAUUUACUCUCAUGUACUGAUUCUCUGUGUGCUUUUGCUCCUCCUCCAUCCUACCGUUCCGAUGGUGAAGACAUUUUUUGAAAACACCCUCGACAUAUUGAAACCACUCACAGAAACGUAGAAGUCACGCGAAAUGUCCAGCGGGAGCCGCUGGAAUCUCAGCGGUGGUCACCCUACUUGUUUCUGGCACUGGGACAUUUUUGGAAAAAAAAUAAAUUAAAAAAAAAGGACAAACUAAAUAAACUAAUGCGAGCCACUCUGUUGAAAGAGGGGAACUGUGCCUGUGCCUUACGUCGAUGCACUUGUGGCAAGAAGAAGCACAUCACACGGACUUUCUUUGGCAUCAGCGAGUAACAUGAUCUCUGAUUUCAGUUCAGCUUCAUCCGAUUCACAAAUCUUUCGUUUCUGUGCGAAUGCAAAGACCUCCGGCCACAUCUGACUGUAGCGCCCCCUGCUGUCAACGCCCGGCUCUGCAAAAGGAUGUGUUACGCUUUAGUUUUCUGUUGUUUUUAUGAUCAAAUAUCCUGUGUGAAACCAAGACUGUGGUCCUGUUAACGUUUUACGUGGCCAUCCUGUGGAGUUUAAAUGUCAUGCGAUGGCACUGAUGAUUUCCACUGCGUCUCAAACCACUUCAGCAAAAUACCUCUGGUGUUUCUUGCAUGUUGCCACACACCAUCUUUGUCUCUUUACACAGAUACUUUGAAGUUUUAAUUCACCUAAAGUCAUGCAGAAAUCUCCACGGCUGGGAAGUUAAGCUAACGCAGCAGUACCAAAAAAUGCACUUCCUCAAAUGGCCACUAGAGGCCGGCUCCAAACGUGAUUCAAGCCUUAUAUACCUCCGAGUUAAAAUGUCAGCUUUAUAGCAGAUAUUAACAUGUUUAGAGCUUAGAGCUAAUUUAAUCUGCUUUAGUCAGCCUCACACACUGAGGGUGAGGGCCAGUCCGCCUCUCUGACCAUUUUUGAAUUAGCUAAGAGUUAAGUGGAGUCAGGCACUGCCAAGAUACCACACUGAGUUUCAAAAACUGAUUGAAUCGGGAAACAGGACAUUAGUUUCUCUUUAUUUAGUCAGUUGUUAAAAUAUUGCGUCUCGAGAUCAGAAAGGAGUGCUCAUUUGUAUCAUGUUUUGCUGUGUUUUAAAUAGUUUGCUAAGAUCAACUCAUCAACCUUAAUUUAUAACAAUAGUGUAACUGUCAUGCAUAGAUAUUACUUAAAGCACUCUAAGGUUCAUUUACAACCAUCCUGAAGUGGUUGGCACUGGAUGUCUGUUUAAUAUUUUUUUUGUGUCUGAUGAACAUAUUGGUAAAGCUGCAGGAAUUUAUCAGCAUAUCAGCAAACAAAGAGAGAGACAGUUCCCUGUAAUAUCUAUCUGUGGCAACUACACCAGAAUAAAACAUUGUUUUUCAGUGUCAGACGAUGAUACGGAGAUGAAACGCCAAUGUGUAAAUAUGACACAAAUCGAGCAUUGUUCGGGAUGCAGUAACACAAAUAUAAUGAUGUGAAGACCUCGCAUGUUAACACCAAUAAGAACUCAGAUGCAGCGAGGUCUGUGUGCGGCUUUUCUUUUUCUCUUAUGUUGUUGCGUGUCACAUCCUUUUCCAGAGUCGGGUACGCCACCCUCCCCGCCGUCUCUCAGCUUCUCUGUCGCUGUAUAUUAAAGGACUUUCACAGAUAUUUCACCACAGAAUUGAACUUAUCUGAUGUAAUUGUUUUUUAAUACAUGUACACAAGAGAAAUACACCAUUUUAUACAACUGUAUGUGUAAAUAGUGUACACGUAUCUGCGUCGGCGCGGCAUUAGACGAUAAACGCCGGCGAAAGAGAAACACUCCUCUUUUACAAAAAGGAAAACCUUUUUUUUAUAAUGUACAUCAGUAUGUGUUUUUGUACUAAAAGGGUAAAACAAAAAAAGAUAACGUUAAGGGAUAUUCAUUGAGUUAGCAUGUACAGCGAUGUAUACAAUGUUCACCUGUGGAGAACAAGCUGGUUUUGUUUCUGUCUUCUUCCUCCCUGUUCCCGUCUCUCCCGCUGAGCUCAGAUGUUCCACACGAACACGAACCUGCUUCUCUCUUUUUCUUUUGUGGCUGUUGUUCUGUACGGCCCGAGGUCUUUGCAUUCUCUCCAAGUGUGCUGUGUGUAAAUUUGUGCUACUAUGAGUGAUCUUUUUAGUUUGUUCUUCUGCUCCACGGAACGUGCUGAAUGAUUCUCAGACACCGAAAACCAAAAGUAAAAAGAAAAAAAAGAAAAAAGAAAAAGACGAGCCGAGAAGGAAACGGUGCACAGGGAUGAGGAGAAAUGUGCUGCAGGGACUGGACUGGACACAAGAACUGGAAACAAAAAUGCGCAAGUGAUUAAUGAGAUAUACAAUUAUUAUUGCAUUGGUGUAAUCAGUCACACUGAAAUAGUUACAGAAGUGCAAAACCUUUAGAUUGACUUUGACCUAAAGCCCAGUCCCUGAUCGAAGUGUGAACAGUUCUUCCAGCCCUGUGUUUUCACUCUGAGCUGUUCUGUACCUUCUUUUCUGGGCUGCUGUCUGGGGUUAACAUCCAUCCUGAGUAUUUACAUUUUUCUUCAUCCUUCAAUCUGAAACUGCCGCUCAUGGAGUAGUUUUCAAAGAUGCCAAAAUAAAAAGGCGUUGUUCAAAUUGA